AUGUCCCUCCUUGUGACCGUGUUCCUGUACCCAUAUAAAGGCUCCGCUAUGUCUCUACAAUGGUCUCCUGUAGGACUCCGUCGUAUGGUAAUAGGACUCAGGCAGGAGGUCCUAACACUGACAAAUAGCCCUCAUAAAUCACAAUGCACAAGUGAUGUCGACUCGGAGGCCAGCCCACGCAGAUGGCCCUCAAGACAAAAGCCGCCCCCAAGCGCGAGCGAGCCACAGACUCCCGCCGGAGGAGUGCCAACAACUCCAUGCCACUCUCUCGCCCAGGCUGUCUCUGCCACAGGGAAAGCAGGGGUCGAGAGCCGCCCGGCUCCUCCCACGCCCGACCCACGUCUCUUUUCGGGGCCUCCGCCAAGGUACCCUCCAGGACGCCCUCGACCCUCGCCGCGCCCUUCCAUCCCCGCCUCCCUCAGAAGCUCGCAAGGUCUCGGGAUUCGCGAGAGAUCGAGCGGCGUGGAAUAA